UCGACAGACUGCCAACAAGCUACUAAAGUAGUAGCAAUAAUUUUUGAUUUUGUUUUUUUCUUUAAAUACUCAUUUGUCUUAAAUAUGAUAGGAGCAUGUGUGGCGGGAGUUGUGGGCCUAACUAUGCCACGAUAUUGUCUGUUUGGUGACACGGUGAAUACGGCAUCAAGAUACGAAUCUACGGGCGAAGCUCUUAGGAUCCACGUAAGCCUCACAACUAUAACACACCUAGACGAGCUUGGUGACUAUAAGUACGGAAAGAGAGGAUUUAUCGAAAUGAAGGGGAUAGGCACUCAAACGACAUAUUGGCUGACAGGAAAAAGUAAUUUCGACAAACCCCUACCAAGAGUGGAGGACGUAAACUCGGUACUGGUAGACUAAUUCUCUGAUGGACACUAAAAUUGCUUGUGGCAUUCAUCAAAAUUAUCAAAUACGAACUUCUUUG